AAUCAGCAAGUAAUUGCGUAAUUGAUGAAUUUAGAAGUUGAAGAAACUGCCUAUAAAGCAAAGAGCAAUCCUAGUGCGUCAUAAAAAGUGAAGGGAAGCAGCUGGGAAGUUAUUCUUCUGCGAAGAUCUGUUCACUAGAAGUUAUUCGAAGUCAAAAAAGUCAGACAAUCAUUAUUUUAAAGGAUGGGGAAUUCGUUCGGCGGUACAAAUAAACAACCAGUUGAUUCCCGAAAACACAUCUGUAUUUUGUACAAUGGGAGCGACAGCCUUCAGAAAGAGAAUGUCAGGUCCUUUCGAGACGCGCUCAACGGUGGUUUAGGAGGCAAAAACAUCAAGAUCACCAAGUUCAUAGAUGUCAGUAAAGAGCAUAUCGAUGGCAUGCAAUGGCUGUCCCAAAUCAGACAUGUUCUGGUUGUAUGCGUUGACCAGGCUGGUAAUGGGUCGAUAAGACAGGUCCUAGACAAAAGGGGAAUCAAAGACGGUGGCCCUCAAGACACUAUGCAUGCCAAGGUCCUCUCAGUUUCCUUUGGAACUGAACCUCCGCAGAGGAUCAUGGGAGACAUUCUUCAAAGGGUUGAAGUUGAUAUGCAACGAGAUUUCUGUUUCAACUUUCAGAAUCUGAAAGGAAUCGACGCAAAUGACUUCGACAAUUCGGAGGUGAUGCAAGCAUUGCGUACAACAAUCAUUUCUGCCAUGGAAGAUGAGAACUAAUGAACACUGAUAGAAAAGUCACAGUAUUGACAUAAACAGGACUUGUAUGACUGAUAGUAAUGUCACAGGACAUAUACAGGACUUGUGUGACUGAUAGUAAUGUCACGGGACAUAAACAGGACUUGUAUGACUGAUAGUAAUGUCACGGGACAUAUACAGGACUUGUAUGACUGAUAGUAAUGUCACGGGACAUAUACAGGACUUGUGUAACUGAUAGUAAUGUCACAGAA